AUGGGCUUGCGUCGUCAAUAUGAUGUAGUGAAAUCAGUGAGAUAUUUGCAUAGUAGUGGGGUUAGGCAGGACAUUAUAUCAUGGUUAACAAGAAAGAAACAGCCACCUAAGGAGGAGGUCAAGGAUGUCAAGGAAGUUAUGAAUAGUAUAGAGUCAGGCUCUACUCCUAGUAUUUCUGAACCGUCGGGCAGCGCGAGGUUAUCUCUUACAAAUGAUGAUUUUAUUGGGGUAGAUGUGAAUGAGUUGGAAAGAAAAGAACGCGAAGAGAUGCUGAAGAGUACGCCAUUUAAUCAAUGGUUGCGUUCCCGUAAAGUUUCAUCCGAGCAAGAACUUUACCAGAUAGCGCUUGAUGCUUAUAAAGUUGCGUUUGAGGCUUCUCCUAAUGAUAGAGAGGCUUUGGAUAGGCCGUUUCCUGAUUUAGUAAGCAAGUUUAAAUUUUCCAAGUAUCUUCAAUCGAAAACAGGUUAUAUGCUUCCUGAUUAUAAACUGACUACGUUAUCGACACCUUUGAAACUUGUCGAAUGGUAUGAAGUGGAGGUAUUGACUGGGAAACGGUUGAAGUUCAAUGAGGCUGAACCAAAUGCAAUUGAUCUGUCUAAUGUGGAGUUACCUGCAAACGUGUAUGUCGAUCAGUCUGCUACUGUGAAGGAUCGGAAGCGCACCUUCAACAAGAUAUUGCGUGAAGUUGAAGCUUUGGAGUCAGGUAGGCUUCAACAAGCAAUUGAAAAGGCAAAGAACGAUUGA